AUAUAUUACUUUCACUUUCUCGUCCUAUUCAAAUACACUCGUAACAUUCGGUAUCAAUCAGCAUUUGGUGAGCUCUUAAAUUCGUAGGCAGAUGUUUGUGGACUCCGAGAUCAAACCAUAUGCUUCAGCAACUACAGAUGUCUUUCUGACCCCAUUCAUCUUCUUAUGCCAUGGUUACUCCAAGAAUUGGAUGCGUCUUUCCUCUUCUUCUACCUCUUUUUGGCCUCCUCUUCGAUCUCUGUUCUGCAGCUGACACCAUCUCCGCCAACAGCUCUCUCUCGGGGAACCAAAUCAUCACUUCCUCCGGCGGCGACUUCGUGCUGGGCUUCUUCAAGCCGGGAAGCACCGAUCGGUACUACGUCGGCAUAUGGUACGGCAAAGUCCCUAAGAUCACGUCCGUGUGGGUCGCCAAUCGGGAGACCCCCGUGGCCGACCCCUCCACUUCGGUGAUCAAAAUCUCCGACGACGGCAACCUCGUCCUCCUCGAUGCUUCCGGCGCCCUUGUAUGGACCACCGCCGCCAAAACGACCUCCAACUCCACCGUCGCCGUGCUUCUCGACUCCGGCAAUCUCCAGCUCCGUGAUGCGUCCAACUCCUCUAUGGUCGUGUGGCAGAGUUUGGACUACCCCACCAAUACCUGGCUCCCCGGCGCCAGACUCGGGCUGAACAAGAUCACCGGCGUGACGCAACGCCUCACGUCCUGGAAGGACAACGAAGACCCUGCGCCUGGCAUCUUCAACCUGGAAUUGGACCCCAACGGGACCAGUCAAUUCUUCAUCGUGUGGAACUCCACCAUCAAUUACUGGAGUAGCGGGACCUGGAACAGUCAGAUCUUUAACCUUGUUCCGGAGAUGGAUUAUGACCAUGUCUUCCAAUAUAUCAGCAAUCCCGAGGAGAACUACUUCACGUACUCGUUCGAUAAUCAGGAUAGCAUCUCCACGUUCGUGAUGGAUGUAUCCGGGCAGAUCAAGCAGUUCACGUGGCAAAUUAACUCGCAGUCGUGGAUCCUCCUCUGGUGGCAGCCGAGGCAGCCGAGGCAGCAGUGCCAGGUUUACUCCUUAUGCGGAGCUUUCGGCAGCUGCAACGAGAACGUCCUGCCCUUUUGCAAGUGCGUCAGGGGCUUUAGCGCCAGGAACCAGAGCCACUGGGAUUUGGGCGACCAGAGCGGGGGAUGCGUCAGGAACACGCCGCUGCACUGCGGCGAACGAGCCAACUCCUCCAAUUCCCAGAGGGACAAGUUCCUCACCAUGGACAACAUGAGGCUGCCGGUGAACAAUCAGACUCUGGACGGUAUUGGAAGCGAUGAGGAUUGCCAAUUGGCCUGCUUAAACAAUUGCUCUUGCACGGCCUACUCCUUCGCUGGCGGCAGGUGUUAUGUUUGGCACGGCGAAUUGCUCAAUCUCCAAGACCAGUACAGCCAAUCGGAAGCCAGCACGCUUCAACUUCGUUUGGCUGCCUCGGAGCUGCCGAGUCCCAAGAGCAACAAGAAGAUAGUACUUUGGGCCGUAGUCAGUGCAGCCGUCGCUGUAUUGGUUUGUUUAGCUCUCAUUUGGUUCGUCGUCUGGCGCCGGCGGAGCUCAAGGUUGAUGAGAGCAUCCAAUGCCGUGGGGGGCAGUCUCGUUCCUUUCCGGUACAGCGAGUUGCUGCACGCGACCAAGAACUUCUCCCACAAGGUCGGCGGCGGCGGUUUCGGAUCGGUGUUCAAAGGCUCAUUGCCGGAUUCGACCCCUAUCGCGGUGAAGAAGCUCGAAGGGCUUCACCAGGGCGAGAAGCAAUUCCGCACUGAGGUGAGCACCGUCGGCAUGAUCCAACACGUCAACCUGGUUCGCCUCCUUGGCUUCUGCUCCGAGGGAACCAACAAAUUGCUGGUCUACGAGUUCAUGCAGAAAGGGUCACUAGAAACUCAUCUCUUCCGCUCCACUUCCACGGAUUUGGCAUGGAAGACGAGGUACCAAAUUGCAGUCGGAACCGCGAAAGGAUUGGCCUAUCUACACGAGCAAUGCAGGGACUGCAUCAUCCAUUGUGACGUCAAACCGGAGAACAUUCUGUUAGACGAUUCAUUUGCUCCCAAACUGGCGGACUUUGGCCUGGCUAAGUUCAUGGGGCGAGACUUCAGCCGGGUUCUAACCACAACGAGAGGGACGAUAGGCUACCUCGCGCCAGAGUGGAUCACCGGCGUGCCGAUCACGGCUAAGGCUGACGUGUACAGCUACGGGAUGAUGCUGUUCGAGAUCGUGUCGGGGAGGAGGAACCUGGAGAACCCGGAGGAAAGCAACGCUACAGGGUUCUUCCCUACUCUGGUGUUCAGCGAACUUAUGAAGGGGAACAUCGGGAGCUUGCUGGAUCAAAGAUUGGCCGGCGAUGUGAAUUUGGAGGAGCUGGAAAGAGCUUGCAAACUUGCCUGUUGGUGCAUCCAAGACUACGAGAGUUGCAGGCCGACCAUGGGGCAGGUGCUUCAAGUUCUGGAGGGCUUUCUUGAAGUCGCCAUGCCGCCAAUUCCACUGUCGCUCCGACUUCUUACUGAAACGCCGGAGAACAUCAACGUCAAUGUCUUCUAUCAAACUCAAUAUGUCUCCUCGAGCCAAAGUUCGCAGAGCAAGAGUGGCACCUCAAACAGCUCGCAUACCAGAAGCAAUACGUCGAACAGUUCCGGUGCAGGAAGAUUUUGAGGUCUGCCAUCCUUCCAAGUAUUGGAAUUCUCGUUCAAGUGCUUACACCCAGACUCUAAAAGUCCCCGUGUGAUGGUGGAAUCCAUAUGAUCGUCAGUCUCACAACUAUAUGUGAGGAUUUCAAAUCAGAAACUACCUGCUUGGGAGACAUGUUAAUGAGUUCAGUAACAUCCAUUGAGCGAUAAUGAUAUGGUCGGAAAGCGAGCGUAAUUAUUUCAGGACUACAGUGUAAUG